GCAAUUCUGAGUGACCAAAUUCUACAAGGAGGCUGGGACCCCAUCUGGUCCCAAGCGAGUGCCUCCGUCUCUGCUUUGAGCCAGGGUUAUAUAUGCUUACGCGAAUUUAGGGCUUUGAAAUUUGAGCAGAGAGGGACUGAAUGGACCAGUACGAGAAAGUUGAGAAGAUCGGCGAAGGGACUUACGGAGUGGUUUACAAGGCUCGUGAUCGUGUUACGAAUGAGACUAUAGCUCUCAAGAAGAUUCGGUUGGAGCAGGAAGAUGAGGGAGUGCCUAGCACCGCCAUUAGAGAGAUUUCUCUACUCAAGGAAAUGCAGCACGGCAACAUUGUCAGGUUACAGGAUGUAGUGCACAGUGAGAAGCGCUUGUAUCUGGUGUUUGAGUACCUCGACUUGGAUCUGAAGAAACAUAUGGAUUCUACUCCUGAUUUUGCAAAGGAUCCCCGCCAAAUAAAAUUGUUCCUUUAUCAGAUUCUCCGAGGCAUUGCUUAUUGUCAUUCACAUAGAGUUCUUCAUCGCGAUCUGAAACCCCAGAAUCUGCUGAUAGAUCGCCGUACUAAUGCACUCAAACUUGCAGAUUUCGGACUGGCCCGAGCAUUUGGUAUUCCUGUUAGGACAUUUACUCAUGAGGUGGUCACGCUCUGGUACAGAGCACCGGAGAUAUUGCUUGGAUCCCGCCAUUACUCUACACCAGUUGAUGUGUGGUCAGUGGGUUGUAUAUUUGCUGAGAUGGUAAACCAACGGCCUUUAUUUCCUGGGGAUUCUGAGAUUGAUGAAUUGUUCAAGAUAUUUAGAAUCUUGGGUACUCCAAAUGAGGAUACAUGGCCUGGAGUGAGUAGUAUGCCUGAUUUUAAAUCUUCCUUUCCUAAGUGGCCUUCUAAGGACUUGGCAACUCUAGUUCCAAAUCUUGAAUCAGCUGGUGUUGAUCUUCUUUGUAAAAUGCUCUGCUUGGAUCCCAGCAAAAGGAUUACAGCCAGGAGUGCUCUUGAGCAUGAAUACUUCAAAGAUAUUCCAUUUGUACCCUGAUUCUGUCUUCACUUUGUGCUGAGUGUUUAUACUAUAGCCUAGCAUCCUGAACUUGGUUGGAACGACAAUAGUGUGUUGCUCUUGUGAUUUUUUCCCCCUCAAUUCCUCGACCGUUCUGAUUAUGUUGAUUUGGCUUUCAGCAGACAUGUUAUCAUCAAUUACUGUCUGCUCCCAGUUUUUUGUUUUCCUCUUCCAUUUUACCUUUCAAAGAUAUGCAUGUGGUGGUGGCAUUUUCUAAGUGCUUGUAAUUGGCAAUACAUGUCCUAAUGUCCUAUGAGAAACAAUUUUUCCUCGAGGAAUGUAAAAGAUAGGUUUUGUUUUUGAUAUGCUCUCAAUUCACAUGUUCUGUGAAAAUACUAUAAUUACUUCAAUCUUCCUACUUAAGCAGAUUGGCCCUGA